UAUCUGUUGAGGCAUGAUGCCAACAAAGAAUGGACCUCGAGUGCUCCAACCUUGAACUGGUUCGCUUCUCACCCAUCUUCGCUCCCACCCCUACUCCCCUGCCUUCGUCGCUCACUUGCAUCGGCGCAAUUAUGUACUGGUGUCCUGUUGAUAUCAGUUGCCAUGGCACAGGAGUGCAAGCAGAGUCAGACCCUUUGCAAACAGCCAAUCACCAUGGCAACUAUGAUUGUCCUCAUUUUCCAGUGUGCAAUUGUUGGCACAAUCUGGUUAGAUUGA